CUAUGGAGCGUUGUACACAUACAUUACACAUAAAAACAGAGCAGCAGCUGAUCAAUUGUUCAUAAUUCAUAAUAAAAAAAAGUAACAAAAAGGCAGGAAGGAAAGAGGGUAAUUUAAGAGGAUCGUUACACAAAUUCUGUUUAAUCAAUUGAGAAGAAAUUAUGUCUAGUUUUCUGAACAGAUCUUUGCAGGAAGCUGCACAGUUUAUAAAGCCGCUGAACAGUUUGUCAGUAUCCGUCCGGUAUAAAGCUAAGAAAACGGUAGGAGCCGGAAAUAAAAAUGCCGGAAAUGCAAACCCGAAGCAUAGAGGUUGGAAAGUUCAAGAUGGGAAGACGGUUACUGCUGGGACUGUACUAGUUACGCAAACAAAAACAAGAUUUCAUCCCGGCCUGAACGUUGGAUUUGGUAGAAACGGAAAUCUGUUUGCUAUAGAAGCUGGAAGAGUGGCUGUAACUUGUGAGAAAAUUAAUCCAGAUUUUAGGCAUUUCUGGGUGAGAAAAAAUUAUGCUGGUCGUCAGGAUCAAGUUAUAUACAAAAAACAUUUCAACGUAAUUCCUGAAAAGCAGCACGACCGCUUUGUUCUGAUAGAUGCUAUUUAAUCCUCCAAUGUAUUAAAUGUUAGGAUUACGAUUAAUAAAGAGAACUGGAUGCUUAAAUAAA